GACGCAUACCUGAAUAAAUACCAAAAGACAAGUACUUAAGUGCAGUUGAAGUUGGAAGUGUGUGAUUCAGCUCUAGGAUAAUACUCCGUGAGCGCUGGCAAUAAAUUUGGAUACGCCCGAUUUGACAGAUCCAAGCAUAUACAAUGCAAAAACGUCUUAUUCUACUAGUCCUUGCGGCCAGCCUAUGCGCCUGCGCACAUGGAGCCGCUACUCUCAGCACCCAGGCGCCCGCCACAACAGCCAAACCUAGUGGGUUUUCUGCUCGCUCUCUCGAUGUGAGCGCCGCCGCUGAUGAGGAGGAAGCAGAUGAUUUCGAGACGCAAGCGCAGACGCACUUGGCCUACAGACAACAGCAGCGUCCGCUGUACGAAUACAGUGAAGAAGAUCAGGAAGAAGCCCCACGGCAAGUCUACAUCAAUCGCAAUGCCAAGCAGCAGAACAAUUACCUCAAGGCCAAUCAAAAGAAACCACUGAGCGAGGAGAGCGAGGAGGAAGAAGAGGUAGAGGAGGAGCCAGAUCGUUUAUCUACGCUGCUUAGCAAGUCCACGUUUAGCUGCAAUGACAAAAACUCUGGCUACUAUGCCGAUGAGUCGCUUAGCUGCGAGGUUUUCCACUAUUGUCAGGACAAUCAGCGUCAUUCUUGGAUCUGUCCCGAAGGCUUCACAUUCCAUCAGAUACACUUAAUCUGCAUGCCACCAUCACAUGAUAAUAUCUGCAAGCAGUCCUCAAAAUAUCAUAUCGUUAACGACUAUCUGUACAAGCCAAUCAAUCUGCAGGAGCAUCAGAGCAAGCCAAAUGUAACGUUGCGCUAUUCGGAGCGAUAUUAUCCCGAGAACUAUUAUGAACAUGAGCGAUACGAUGAUGAGGAGGAAGAGCUGCCGCAACCAGCACCUCGUCCGCGCGUACAGCAUCAGCAACAACAACAGCAGCCACAGCACCACCGACAAGUAGCCUACCAUCAACCCCAGCCCCAGCCUCAGCAACAACAGCACCAGCCACAGCCACAACUCCAAAUACAACACGCACCUCAGGUUCGUGUCCAAUACCAGCAACAGCAGCAGCCACAACAGCAGCCUGCCACACAGAUACGUCAUCAGCCGACUAUUUUGCAGCAUCAGCAUGUGCCGCAGCCGACAACCCUGGCUUAUCGCAAGCCAUUACCCACCACGACUCUACAACCGCAACUGCAUCAGUUGCAGCCACAAUUGCACCAGCAGCGCCUUCAGACAUUGGCACCCACAGUUACGCCUACGCCCUACCGUUUCUUCACGGCCGCGCCGGCGUUGCAGCACCUGCAGCAGCAUCAACAACAAGUUUACCGUACUCCAGAGGAGAUAAACAUAUCAUUGCAGCAAAGACGCCCACAAGUUUUCAUUGCCACAUCAACGCCGCGCUAUUAUGAGGAUGAGUACCUGUACGAGAGAAGGAAGUAAUCGAAUUUACAUACGCAUGUACAUAUGUAUUUUAUAUG